AAUGUAUAUCAUUUGAGUGUGCUUAAACCAUAAUAAAGAAAAACGUAAAAUUUUGUAUUUGAAUACUGAAUCAUCAUUCUGCAAUUAGAUGCUGAAUGGGACUGAUUGAUAACAUUACAUGGUUAUUUACAUUUUCAUUUCACAAGUCCAAAUAUACAAUAAUUAUUUGUGUCUGAUUUGUAUGGCUUUUGAUUGUCCUUUGUAAGUACCAUUAACAGAUCAACCUUUUAUGUUAUAUCAGUCUGUUAAAAUCUUCCUCUAAUUUGUAUUUGCAUUUUCACUAGGGAUGUACAUACCCAGGAAAAGAACAAAAAACAAGAAAGGCAAGCACUUCAAAACCAAUAUGGAGAUUACACAUAUUCAGCACUGCAAUCUUACUAUCCCAACCCAUCCAUGGCACCCCUACCUUACCCCCCUCUGAUGUACCCAGUCCCUAUGGUCCCAGUUCAUCCUGGGUAUGCUCCUUGGCUUGUACCUCAACACGGCUUCAGUGGCAUGAACUAUGGCCCUAGUAAUGGCAGAAGACCCCCAAACCAAUUAACACGCUCUCAAGCGGCUGUAAUACUUCAAAAAUAUAUCAGAGGCUGGCGAGUUAGAAAGGGCCCUCAGUUUGCACUCUGGCGUUACAUGUGUAACAAGAAAUAUUCUAGAAGAUUUAUAGAAGGACUGAUUGACAGCUUUCUUACAGAAGAAAUUAUUCCAGAUAUCUUAAUUGAUGUUUUCUCUGGUCAAAAUUUCUUGUCAAUUGGAGAUCCAAGAUACAAAGUGAGUGAGCGAGUUUGCAGAGAAAUCGUUCAUCAAGAUGUUACUGCUUUUAUACAUGAAAUUGCUAUGGGAGUGUUUUAUUCUCAAGGGGGAAGUUCUUUGUCUAGAAGAGAUCCUCUUGUUAAAGUGUGUGACAAUAUCAUAAAUGAAGUUGUGAAGGAAUCUACAGUUCAACUUGUGCGUUCUGCAGUAGAUGAGGUAGUGGUAGGUCACAUGGCUGUCAUCAAAUCUGGAGACUGGUUGGAGGACUUAAUUUUGGAGACAAUUCAGCCCAUGCUUCCAAGAGUGGUGACUGAAGCCAUGCAUGGUUUCCAAUUUGACGUGGUAAUCGAUGACAUCAUUGAUGAGGUCAUGGAACCUCAGUUGAGGCCAGUUAUCAUCGAAGCUUGGCGUGAUGUAGUGGACGUUGACAGAGAUAAGCAAGUUAAAAAGGUUUCUACUUAUGCUGAGGAUCACAUGCUUGAUGCAUUGUGCCUGCAGCAUCUUUUGGGUCAGUUGGCGGGAGAUAAUCUCUCAUUGUACUUUAGAGAUUUCACAGACCAGUCAUUAGAUGGCAUGAUUUGUGGAUUACUGACUCAGCAGUAUUUAGCGGUGAAUGAUGAGCAAGAAGCAACGCAGAGUAACUCGGCUGUGAGAGAGUUUCACCAAGACGUGUUCUGUGAUGUGGCACUGGAUGUUGUAUUGGAAGAACUGACAGGACAUCUAGAUGAAGACAUCCAAGAGCUGCUAGAACGCGAAAAACAAAGAAGCAUGUUCGAUCUUUAGUAUUCUUGGACCUUCAAGUGUAGCUCAUUUGUUUGUAAGCGGAGUCAUUUUAGUCAGUCAUUCCGUCUUUCCCCGGGGUCUUUCCAUCCGUCCGUGAGUCAGUCAGUCAGCCAGGCAAUCAGUCAUCAAUCUGUCCGUCCGUCCACCCGCCCGUUUGUCCGUACAUCCGUCCAUUCGUUUGUCCAUUCGUCCGUCAGUCAGUCAGACAGUCAGUCUUAAGGUCUGUGUCAGUCAGUCAGUCCGUUAGCCUAAAAAUCUGUCUGUCUAUGUUAGUCUGUCGGUCAGCUGAAGACGUGUCAGUCUGUUAUUUACUUCACAAAGUUUCUUCGAAAAAUGAAAAAGAAACAAAUAGCUGUUAAAGUUUCAUCCACUGCGCAAACAAAGUUCCAAACAGAACUGAAAAUGGAAUCCUAUGAAUUCCAUGCUGGUAUCUGAGUGCAGACAAAUGAAGUGUCUUUGUUUUGAAAGUCACUGCAUGAUCUCUCUGAGAGUUUCCCGCGGAAACAUGUCUAUCAAAAUAGGGUUGUAAAUAUAUACGUUUAGAAGGUUGUAAUUAAAUUAUUUUUAUCCUUUCUUCGCGAUGCAACCGAUGUAUGUUAUUAUAUUAUUUUUUUAAAGACGUAUUUUAAUGUACAUAGGGAGCAAUAAAACAAGGAUAGUAAUACCGUUGUUAUUCUCGUAAGCUUGAAAAGAACUGAAUAAUUUCUCAAUUCCACUCCAUUUCAGUCUUACGGGUAUGGUAUAGCCCACUGAAGUAGCGGUAUUGGUUAGGUCUCGGCAAAGCCCGUUACGCUUUUCGUUAUUUUUCGCGUCUCUGCCCAGUCUCGCUCCACUGGUUUUCACCAAACUCCAAAGAGUGAUUAAUUGUUUACUCCAGACAUACUUUGUAUUGAGUAUAUCAGUCGGCUGUCACUCUUUCAUUAUCUAAAAAACUUUGACAAAUGAUUUCAUUCCAAACAAUUUUCGAGAGAGCAUGUCAAUCAUAGCUUUUCCAAAACUGACAAUUUGUGUCAUGUUUAUUAUCCGUGGCGAAAAUGGCGUCAAUGUUAUUGUCCAUGGCGAAACACGCACGUCCCGAAGAGAUGGAAUUGACUGGUUGUCAAACUCUCCAGGGUGGAGUAUGGCAGUUUCGCUGGCAGUCACAGGAUUCCCUUUCAUCUUGUAAAACGUUUCGCAGAAGGAUGAAAAUCCGGGACGAAAAUAGUUAUUCAUGAAACAUAAGGCGUAAAUCAUGUGCUAGGACAUACUUGCACCUUAUUAUUGAUGGCUGCAAAUUACGAAAUUAUCAAGGUCUAAUACAAUGGUCAUGUCAAUGUUGUGGGCAGGCAUAUAACUAGGUGAUUUUGUUCAAUUAUUUAAACUCGAAGUUUAGUAGUGAAGUAUGAAAACAAGUUAGCUGUUUUUUCUUUUCUUUUUUCUUUUCGGGGUUCUGGUGCCUCUCUGAAAUUUUUGUUUCUCGCCAGAAAGAAAUAGGAAAUCAAUAGUAUUUAUUUCACUUGAUUUUUUCAUCUCUCAGUUUUGAGCCAGGAGGAGCAGGUGUCAGAACAGGACUAGUAGGGGAGGGGUAGGUACGUAGUUUGGUGAGGGGUGGUGAUAGACAUACUGACCUGUAGAAAUGUUUUUGAAUGCCGAUACAUCACGCCCACAAUAUACUGGCCGCAUAUCUGUGAAGCCACCCGUUCUCGGACCUUUUGUUGUCAAAACACUUGGCAAGAACCUCCCACAAUUAGCAAAACCGCUCGCAGGGUUUCAAAAGAAACAUGAUUUUUGACUUGAGUGUGAGAGUGAAAAGAAACAAAACAAGAGAGGAAAUAAAAAUUUACUGUCUGCUUAAGUUUUGCUGCGAAGCGCGCCUGCGGC